AUUCUAUGUUGUUAUGAAACUGAUUGGUUUCUCUCCUCCAGACGCGGCUCCAGGCGGGGAAAGGCUACAAGAACACGCUACACUGCAUUCUCACUAUCUACAGGAAGGAAACGGUCAUGGGUUUCUUUAAGGGCAUGUCUUUCCCGCUGGCCAGCAUCACCGUCUACAACUCAGUGGUGUUUGGCACCUUCAGUAACAUACAGAGACUCAUAAGCAAGUAUCGCUACGGUGACGGGCGGCGUUCCUGCAGCAUGGCAGACCUGACUGUGGCCAGCAUGCUUACUGGUCUUGUGUCAGUGGGCCUGGGAGCCCCGGUGGAUCUGGUCAAGAUCAGACUGCAAAUGCAGACGCAGAUGGUUCUAGCAGAGAAUUUGCAACUUGCCGGCAACAUGUCGAAUGGCACCAACAUCCCGAUGCGCUCCAUCGGCGUCCCCGGCCAGAGGCUCUACCGAGGCCCGAUCCACUGCAUCAGCAGCAUCCUGCAGACCGAGGGCCUGCAGGGCCUGUACAGGGGGGCCGGGGCCAUGAUGCUGAGGGACGUUCCUGGAUACAUGCUCUACUUCAUCCCUUACACCAUCAUGUGUGACCUGCUGAAGCCAGACGCCUCGUCGAGCCUCCACCCGGGUUCCAUCUGGCUGGCUGGAGGACUAGCAGGGUCCAUUUCCUGGGUCACGGCGACUCCGGCCGAUGUGGUGAAGAGCCGAAUGCAGGCGGACGCUCAGCUCCAGAGGAAGUACAGGGGCGUCUUACACUGCAUCGUCCACAGCUACAAGACGGAGGGCGCUCAGGUUUUCUUUCGUGGGGUGUCGGUCAACGCCAUCCGAGGCUUCCCGAUGAGCGCCACCAUGUUCCUGACCUACGAACUCUCGCUGCAGUUUAUCAGGAGUCUCUAGGACAAAAGGAAAGGAAAUCCAAGGAAUCACGCUCACGAGCCCCAGUUUCUCUGAGACGUGAGAGUUUUUUGUAGCACACACACAUCAGAACUUUUGAACAUGUUGCUGUGAAGUGAAUAUUUUCGCUCUCUGAUGUAGCCACUGCUGACCUUCUGGUCACGCAAAGAUUGAUUAUUGUCUCAAUGAAGUCUUAAACUCUACAUUUUAAUUACCAAGAAUUAGGACAUCAAAGCCAAGCAUGUCUUCCUGAGCAGAGCAUUGGCUCCAGUACUGAACGUGUCUCUGUGUUAAGCUAUAUAAUAUAUAAAACUUUACUUUACAAUAGGACUGGAUCCGAAUAUUCAAAUAUUCGUUCAUAUCACGCUUAUGUAGAAAACUUCAAGUGUUACCCAACAAGUCACUUUGUCCUGCAACCACAAACCAGGCUCUUCAUCUCUCGCGUCGUCUUCUCUUUUUCCGUGACGUAAAGCUGCCUUCAAGUGUAGUCGGAAAUUAUACUUUCCUCAGUCGCUGCUGCCGCCACGGAAGCUUUGAAGAAUCGCUGUUAAAAAGCACUGAAGCUUCGAAGCUCAAAAACUGGUAUUUGGUACAGCUCUACUUUAUAAGUCGUCCUGGUAUCUCUAGGAGUUUUGUGAUUACAGUAUUUAAAGGACUGAACUAGUUUAAAAA